UUUAUUGUAGCACGUGAAUAGAUGAAACGGUUUUAUAUCAAUAUGUUUCAACUUUAGUUGAAUGUCUCUCGCACAUACGGCGUCUAAAAUUACAUUGCCCGAGACUCAAGAGGAAACUGACGGCCAGAUACUGCACAGUGAGCCACUAGUAGGUGCUAUACAUAAACACAGAUGAGAAAGCUAAUGGAUGCACAGAAUUAUUUAUGACCAGACAGUCUGAACAAGAACUCAGGUUAAGAUACUGCCAGUAAAAUCCUGUAUUGCAUUUUCAAGAGGAAAAAUCAUUAAAAGAUCAAAGAUGACAGGAAGACAAGAAAUCUUCACAUAUAUCCCAGUCUAGUGAACCAAUAUUAGCACUUUAAGAGGACCUUAUCUAGUCUGAUUUGCUCAAAGUAAAAAAAAAGGAACUGUAAAUUGUGAUCAUCAUGUCUGCCGCAGCACCCCCUGGUGUCCAUGUACCUGCAAAACGCACCAUUCCCCUAGGGCGGCGGUUGGCUUACAGUGUGGGCCAUGUCCUCAAUGAUUUGUGUGCCGCCAUGUGGUUCACAUACCUCCUGGUGUAUUUUCAUGGAGUGGUAAAAUUUAACAACAUCAUGGCUGGCAAUCUUAUGCUGGUAGGCCAGAUAAGUGAUGGGAUAUGCACCCCCUUGGUCGGAUACGAAUCUGACAGGACAAAUGGAUUUUGUGGCUAUGGGAAGAGGAAAAGCUGGCACCUGCUCGGAGUCCUUUGUGUUGCCUGCACAUUCCCCUUUCUCUUCAUAUCACCAUGUGCCUUUGGGUGUGAAAAUUCUGCUGACUGGGCCAAGUUUAUUUAUUACGUACCAUUUGUUGUGAUAUUUCAAUUUGGUUGGGCUGCCACUCAGAUUUCUCAUCUGUCUCUCAUCCCAGAAUUGACCAAUGAUGAGGGACAGAGAGUAGAGCUCAAUGCAAUAAGAUAUGCCUUCACUGUUAUGAGCACUAUAGCAAUCUACUUGAUAGCCUGGUUGCUGCUGAGACACUCUGGUGGGAAUGACUUGACCCCUAAAGAUGCUGAUAGCUUCAUGGAAAUGGGCCUCAUAGCUGUUGGCAUUGGCUUUGUCUUUUGCAUGAUAUUUCAUAUUGGAACCAAAGAAGUGAAAAAAACUGAAAUUAUAAGGCAAUCAAGGAAAACAGUAAAUGUCACUAAAGAGGAUUUUGAUGAAACAAAAUCCCUGUUGACCACACUGGAAAAGUCUGCAGAUAGAAAGCUAUAUAUGAAGUGGAAUGAUUGGUUUAAAGAACAUCAAUUUUAUAUGAUUGGUGCUCUGUAUAUGUGUACCCGUUUAGUUGUGAAUCUCACUCAGGUAUACAUCCCAAUGUAUUUGACUGACACUUUAUACUUAGACAAGCAAUUCAUUGCCAUAGUUCCACUGAUUAUGUAUGUGUCUGGUUUCCUGACCUCUGUGCUUAUGAGACUGAUCAACAAACUGAUAGGGAAAAAGUUUACAUAUCUAGUAGGAGGGUGUUUUGUUAUCGGGGCGUGUGCCUGGUGCUAUUUCAUUACACAACAUUCUCCACAUAAAGAGUGGCAGGUGAUAGCUGCCAGUGUUUUACUGGGAGCAGGAAGUACAACAAUGCUGAUCACCUCGCUGGCCAUGACCUCAGACCUCAUCGGUGAAAAUACAGAGAGUGGUGCUUUUGUCUAUGGUUUCAUGAGUCUGCUGGACAAGUGUGCCAAUGGGGCGGCUGUCAUGGUAGUGCAGGCUCUACAUCCUUGCACGAAUCUAGGGGUUGCAUGCUGUCCUGCAUGUACUGUAUUCUACCAGAGAGUGAUCUCCUUUGUUCCUGGUGGGUUUGCCAUUUUGGCAUUAUUAAAUCUUUUGGCAUUAUUCCCACAGAAGAUAGGGACCAGGAGGAAGCAAGUGGAGAAGAGAAUGAAAUCUAUCCGCAACACAGGUAGGAGUGGAAGAGAGUCACAUUCGCCGAGUUUCUGUCAACAGAACUAUGAAGUCUGUCCCAGUGGCCAUGAACAUCAUGGUUGGGUCCUUCCUGGCAAUGCGGCUGAGCAAGCUGUUAUCUACGACACCCCACAUUCCUCCAGGCGACCUAGCAUCUAUAUGUCCAAUUCUGCAUCUGGGGAAAAUGAUACUUGGUCACAAAAUAAUACAGGGAGUAAUUACGGUACUUCAUCCAGGUAUGAUGCCUCGAGUCAUUCAGUACCUGGUCAUAUACAGGGUCGAGGCGGUAAAAUGUCCAAUGAAAGUCCAGGCUCCCCGGAAAGUAAUGAUGUUACAUUUCAAGUGGGAGCUACUCCUUCUGUCUAACAGAUUGUACAGUCUGCAAAUAUUGGAGCUUAUUUUAUGUAUUGUUAAAAACAUGAACAAAAUUGAUAAUUUGAAUUUCCAAAGACAAUGUCUUCUUUGUUAAACUUAAAAAUGGUGGUUUGAAAGUUAUGAAAAGCCAAAUAAUGUUAGGUCAGAAAGUGUUUUUGCUUUAUUAUGAGAAGGAAGAAAACUAGAAAUAAGAAAUUUUGAAGAAAAAAAUGUGGUCUCUGUGAAACUUUGAUGUUAGGUUUAAUUAAUAUUAUUCGAUAACUUUUUUGACUGAACAAAAGGUAUUUAUUCAAGCCAUUAACUUUCAAAGUCAUCAUUUGUUAUAUUUGUUGUUUUAUGUGAUAAAAGUAUUUUUCUUGCACUCUGACUGAGAUAUAACAUCCAUUGUGCUAUCAAGUUAUAAUUUACUGUUGUAAUUAUAAUUAUUCUGUUUUAAUUUGAAGCAAAUUUGGAACUCAUUUCAGAAGUACCAAUUUUCUCGUUUUCUCUUACUGUUACAGUAUAAUUUAAUUCAAUUGUUUGGGACCCGUCUUUUGUCAGAGGUUCACUCCAAGAGUUAAGUUGUCCACAUAAGCAUAAGCAGGACAUAUCAUUGUGGCACAAACAUUGUGGGCUGAUCCGGUAAAAUGCAUCACAUUAUUUGAAUUAUUCAUUUUUGCCAAGUUCUUCUGAUAUCACAUUAGAGGCCUUUCAGAACAGAAGAUUGGAGAAUUUACUGAUCCAUUGAAAAAAUAGCUGAGUAUUAUGAGGGAUCUAGCAAUUAAAUCUUGGGGCCAUGAUUUAAUCCGUUUAAUGGUGCAUGCAGAGGCGGGGAGACCAUCAGCGAGUUAGUUGGCUCUUCUUUCUUGUAUGGUCUGCCAUAUUUGAUCCAUGGAUCAGUAGAUCUUCUGUUCUGUUCAUAGACUAUAGUAGGUAUAAACAGUUGUAUCACUACUUAUAUAUAAUUAAUUAUGAUUUUGGAGACAUUUGAAUCUUACAUAGUGUGAAACAAUGAUAGUGUAUUUGUUAAAUGUGUUAAGAUAACAAAACAAUUGAAAAAUACAAAUUAGUUUUUGAAUGAGUGAAAAUGGUUUGAGGUAAGCCGAUUUCCUGAUUUCCUAACCUCACAGCUUUUUAUUCCCAUUUAUUGUCUGUUAUUUAAGUAUAUUGAUAUACUGUAUAUUCCAAUGUUGAAAAUCCAUAUAAGGGAACAAGAU